AUGAAUGACGAUAAAGAAUCUGCACUUGGUAAAUAUGUCACAGCCGUAAGCGGUAUCCCUUCACACUCAGUUCAAGCAAUGAUGGUUAGAUCAAGUGGUCUAGUAGAUGAAGAACAAUUGGUUAAAGCGCUCAA